AUGGCACCUGAGUUCGUAGGAGGAAAGAUUUUAUUUGCAACAGAUGACUUUUUUGCUCCUGCAGAAAACCUUAUAAAGUCUGACCCUCUGAGGACACCUUGCUUUGCUUUCCACGAGCACACGGAGUUUAGGGAGUGGAUGUCUGGAUGGCGGACCAGAGGGAAAAGGAUCCCAGGUCUCGACUGGUGUGUCGUCCAGCUGGGAGUACAGGGGGUCACCCGGGGCUUCUAUGUGGACGCUUCUCACUUCACACGAGGAGAUGAUGCUCCUCGAGUUCAAGUGGCAAACUUUGAAGAAGAUAAACAACCAGAAAUCCCACAACGAGAAGUCAGGACAUGAGCCACAGCCAGCCCUGAGGAGUCUGAAGCCAUUGCUAAGCUGAAGUCCAAUGAUUGGAAUUGUUUGGUUCCCAUGACAGAGCUUAAACCGGGAAAUCCUGCUUCCAGCUACAGUUGUUUUCCUGUCAACUCGCGGCAGAGGUGAGGUCACAUACGACUCAACCUUUCCCUGCCCUAA